AACUCCUCCUCCACCGCUCCUUCUCUUUCCCCGAAGGCAAGAGGAGUUUCUUUAGUUUAACCUCGUUCAGCCUGACUUGACACUCAGAGACGCAAGAGACAACAUGAAGGCAUCACGUUCUUGGCUGACUCUCCUAGGACCAGGGCUCCUUCUUUAUCUGCUGCCUCUAGUUUUAAAGGUAACCGGACUCAGGUCUGUUGAUGGAGGGCAUUCUUAUCCAGAGUCAUAUAAAGGAGUGGUUGGUGGAAAUGUCAGCUUCUACUGCCCUGUAGAUAAAACAAAGAAUUUGGAUUUUCUUUACUUCCAGAAAGUUGUCGUCAUUGGAGAACAAAUUUUCUUUAAUGGCUACCACUCAAAACCUCUAAAACCACAACCAAGGACAGAAAUGGACCAGAGCAACACAAUAAUGCACAUCUAUGAACUAACCUCAUCCGACAGUGGGGAAUACGAAUGUCAUUAUAUGUAUAAAGACGAUCAAACGGUUAACACGGUUAAGAUACAUCUUAGUGUCACAGCUCUCUUCAGCAAGCCUGUUAUAACAAACAACUGUAACCAAGCAAAUGGCAUCCCAUUAGAAUGUGAAGUUAAAUGUGAGGCACAUAAUGGGUUUCCAAACAAAAAAAUUAAGUGGAAUGAACUUCGAAACAUCAGCAAAGAAAUGUGGAACAUUCUCAGGAACAAUGAAGUACCGACCAAAACAGAAUUGGUUAAUAUCUCCAGCACUGCGUCUUUUAACUGCUCCGUUGGUGAACUGAAGGUAUCCUGCUCUGUGGACGGCAUCACCUCAGAUAUCAUCUCAGUGUGUUAUUCUAAGGCCUCCCCUGACCAAUCUGCAAACCUCAUUAUUGUGAUAGCUGCAGUAGUUUGUGUACUUGUGGGGAUUGCGAUUCUUUGCGUGUUCAAAUUCAAGAAAAGAACAACUGAAGCAGAAAACACAAGAUCAAAUGGACAUCCAGAGGAGGUCAGAGUUCUGAAUAAUUUGGGAUCCUGAUUAUAUAAAAGAACAUUUGAACUGCAGGUCACCUGUCCUGGAAAAUGGGACAUAAGCUAUUUGUCACUGGAAUGCACACGGCAUCUAAAGCCUGCACAGGCAUGCCCACCGAGUCUGAGACUCAGCAGGGAGUGACAGUGCGCUGUCAGAGCAGAAGAAGGUAUUUACAUUAAACUGGGUAAAUUGUUCGUCAUUGAACAACAGUGGUUAAAUUUCCAAAGAAAUUACAUUUCUGCUGGGGCGUGCUGCUGUUCUUAGCACAUGAUGUAAAAGUACAUGCAAUGGAAACUCCUUCACUGCAGACGAGAAGUAAAACUAAACCUGACAAAGACUUCUGUUACAGUGAGUGGUGCUGGAGUGACCGCUCUACAUUCACAUUUGCUGAUCUAGUUUUGAAUGUUCUGAUGUCUCAGCACACUUAAGUUAACCUUGUUUUAACACAAUAAGUAAUAAUAUAACAAUAAAAAGUCAUGUUUAAUAGUAGAAAAAGUUGGGUUAAUUAUGUGGCAGAAAUAACUAGUAGCAUGAGGUUCAAGGAACUGUAAAUGGCAGGAUGUCAGUAUUGUGAUUGCACUUAAAUGUGCACUUUGAUAGUAUGCUAUCAGUUCCAAUAAAGUGCAAUAUUUAUAUGAGGAUUUUUUUCUUCUUUUUAACUGAACUUUGUUCCUGUUCUCAUGUACAAAAAUGUGACCAUAUAUGUUGGACUAAGACCAGUUAUUUAAGUUAUUGUGUCGUAGUUUUUCAUGAUGUUUUGACAAUAAAAUGUUUACCCUGUUUACACGGUUUAGGGAAAGGAGCUGUCUGUUAUUUCCCUUUCCCUUUGCUCUUAAUUACCAGACAGCUUUAACAAGCUGCUUUCAUUUCCCUAAAGUGUGUGACAGUUCUCCUCAGGAACACGUCUGUCUUUCUCUGUGUGAUCAGAUUUUUUUGUAUGUACAUUUUUUAAAUAACAAAUAAAAUAUCUAUUUAAAAAUUAA